CCACAAGAACGUAUAUAGACGAUAUACUUGUGUCGUAGCUAUAAACCAAGCAUUCUACUCCAUCUACAUGCGAAGCAUGGAGUCCAUGAUCAGGUGUUUGUGCUCGUGUGCAUCCAGCAAUAUCCACUUUUAAUGGAGCGGGACUACUGUCGCUGCCAUGCGGGCCCAAGCUAUGCCUGUCUCACAGUUGGGCCUACAUGGCAGCGAUCUGUUUGUUUCGCACUGGUUACGCGAGUGAGACCAGCAUUUUUGGGGUGGGCGAGUGCCGAGUGACAGGAGAGUACUCCACCCUGAUAUCCGGGGGGGCUUUUGGGCACAGCUUUUAGGUACCGCGUGGAAGGGAGGCCGCGCCACUCGGCGAACGGACGCUGAUGAGUGAUCGCCACAGCCAAAAACUGCCCGCCUCAAAAGCUGAGCUCUCGUGUCUCUUCCCCCCCGUUGGCUCUCCCUCGCUUCUUCGCCAAACUUUGCCGGCUCCGCUAGCUAGCUGCGCCGCCGCAGCGUCUCCCUGAUGCUGCUGCUCUUCGAUCCGUCGCCUGCAAGCGCAUACCGCACCCACGUGCGCGGGCGCGCGAGCUGGGUAGUGCAAGCGCGCGGUCGUGAGGUGGAGAGUCAUUUACGUUAGCGGGCGCGAGGAUGCCGGCCGCGGAGAGGCAGUCGCCGUGGGCGUCGGGUGAGAGGCGGCCGCACUUCUUCAAGGUGCUCAUGGGCGACUUCAAGAAGCGCCUGAAGAUCCCGCCAAACUUCUGCAAGCACAUCCCCUGGGAGGCGUCGAGGAAGGCCAAGACCCUGAAGGAGGCGUCCAUGGCGGCCACCCUGGAGGGCCCCAGCGGCCGGACGUGGCUGGUGGUCAUCCGCCGGUCCGCCGAGGGCACCUUCUUCGCCUCAGGCUGGCCCAAGUUCGUGCAGGACCAGGAGCUGCGGGAGCUCGAGUUCCUCGUGUUCCGGUACGACGGCAACACGCACUUCACGGCCAUGGUGUUCGACACGACGGCCUGCGAGCGGGAGGACCUGAUCGGCGGCGAGCCGCCCUCGCGGGGCAAGAAACGUCGCCGACAGACGACGACGGCCUCGAGUGAAGCGAAGCGGGUUAGCAAGGAUUCGGUUGGGAAGGAGCUGGUGCCGUACCGCGCGCCAGGUGACAAGGAGCUGCAGGUUGCAUGCUCCGAAUGGACGCCGGAAUCGGGUAAGCUACCAGUCAAGACCGAAAUACAGGACGCCGACGAGCUAGCGUUGUGCGUGAUGAUCCCCGCAGCGCCGACGCGCAGCUCCCCGGGGACCGAAGACGGCGCGGAGAAGAGACGCGCGGUGAAGCUCAAAACGCGGAGCAUCCACGACGACCUGCAGGCGCUCGCGGACAUCCCGGCGUCCGUCCGGCGCUACAAGGGGUACGUGUCCCGGCGGCGCCCCGUGACGGGCGCCGAGCGGCAGCGCGCGAUGGAGCUCGCGUACGCGUUCCGGUCGUCGCUGCCGUACUGCGUCAUCCGCAUGAGCACCAUGCACGUCUACUACUCCUUUAUGAUGAGGUUCCCGACGGGGUUCUCGCGGCAGCACCUGCCGCGGGAGCGGACGGACGUGGUGCUCCGGGACCCGGGCGGCAAGGCGUGGGUGGUGCUCUACAUCCCCAACACGAGGGACCGGCUGUCGCGCGGGUGGUGCGCGUUCGCGCGCGGCAACUGCCUCGAGGAAGGGGACUACUGCGUGUUCGAGCUUGUCGGCGCGGCCGAGUUCCGCGUCCACAUCUUCCGGGUCGUCGAGCCGGCCGUGCCGGCUGUCAGGCUCCGAAGCGCUUGAGCCGAGCUGCACCUGUUGCAACUUGCACGUGACGUGCGCAUUGGAUAUCGCCAUCAGAGGCUGAGCAACGGAAGGUUGCAUGCAACUGAAACUGCGCGUCAAGGAGCAAUUCGAUCAAGAGGACGGACACUUUCUACGCAAGUCAGUAAUACAUCGGCAUCCAGCAUCAAAAUUCAGAAUAAGCAACUUGCUGGGUUUUGCCUGCACAACUGUUCUACUCAUUUUUUUUACAACAGCCUCUUUUACUGGGAUCUUCAUGGGAGACGUUAACAGGGGAGUGCGAAACGAGGGCUGGAGUCCCUGCUACAAGUACGCCUGCAGUUCUACUCAUCUUUCUGUUGGCGGUUUC